AUUUUAUGGAGGCAGCACCCUCAGCACCACUACUUACUGCUGCUAUACCUACAGGUACAACAUGUCCAUAAUUUUGAUUUAGAAAUCAGACUUUACCUUAACAGGGCAGGGUUAGUUUCAGUUUCAGUUUCAGAAAUUCAAGAAUUAAAUUUGACUUCUAGGCUAGGACUAGGAAAAUGUAGCUCUACAAGGAGCGUAGGCUAUAAUUUGAAGGCGACUUGGGAGGACUUUAACAUUUUGGGCCCGUGGCCGCACAGGAAUAAAGGAAGGACACUUUUGAGUACGAGCGAGGGAGGUGCUGCGUUUGCGAAGUCAUAGCCAUAGCGUAAAUCAGAAAUGCUAAACGUAUGGUCGAGGUAAAAAUGGAUCACCACGAAGAGGAACACGAAUUGAAAGUUAAGGCAACAGUAUCAACAUGACAAAUAGGUCAUAACCCUCCCAUGCUGUACAAGAAAGCCCAGACAGUAAUAGAGCAUGGACCAGGCCUUUCCCAGCCUCCAGACCCCAGCCACUAGUCCAUUUGAACCCAACACAGGAGAGCUCCAGCUCAGGGUGGACUUCUUCAGAAAGUUGGGCUACUCCCCCAUGGAAGUUCGGUCCGCCCUGCUUAAGCUAGGCCUGAGUACAGACACCAACUCUGUACUGGGGGAGCUGGUCCGCAGUGGAGCCAGCACUAGUACUUCUAACUCAACCAUCCCUGAGAGUGGUGACGACACUACUGGCCCCACAAGCCACACAUGCUCCAGCAUGGCCUCCUCUAGGAACCAUGGCCCCAAGAGAGACAGACCAGUCGCAUUACUGGAAGACAGGCGGGACACAGACAGUGAACUGAAACCUAUCGUUAUUGACGGCAGCAAUGUGGCCAUGAGUCAUGGUAACAAACAAGUGUUCUCCUGUAGGGGAAUUGAGUUGGCAGUGAUCUAUUUCCUGGAUAGAGGUCACUCAACGGUCAUUGUGUUUGUGCCCUCAUGGCGCAAGGAGCAGCCCAGGCCUGAUGUCCCCAUCACAGACCAACACAUUCUAAUGGAGCUAGAGAAGAAGAAGAUAGUCGUCUUCACUCCCUCGAGACGCGUCGGUGGUAAACGGGUGGUCUGCUACGACGACCGUUUUAUUGUGAAGCAUGCCUACGAGUCGGAUGGUGUGAUCGUGUCCAACGACACCUAUAGGGACCUGCAGGGAGAGCGUCCGGAGUGGAAGCGUUGUAUCGAGGAGAGGCUGCUUAUGUACUCUUUCGUCAAUGACAAAUUCAUGCCCCCAGAUGACCCGCUUGGUCGUCAUGGUCCCAGUCUGGAGAACUUCCUUCGGAAGAAGCCUCUGCUGCCAGAACACAAGCGCCAACUCUGUCCUUAUGGUAAAAAGUGCACCUACGGCGUGAAGUGUAAGUUCUACCACCCUGAGCGCACUCACCAAUCCCACUCCUCGUUGGCUGACGAGCUCAGGGAGAAGGCAAGGCUCUCCUCGGAAAAAGAGGACCGGAAUCCCAUGAUGUCACACCUGAGGGGCCCCCAGGCCGACCCGGGAUCCUUUCCCUCCUAUUCUCUGGAGAAUGACCUGGAGCACAGGUUGACAUUAGAGCACCGCGGUUCCCUGAGGGAGGGUCCCAAGAGCCAGGUAACUGAGAACAUGUUGCUAUUCUGGGAUAGGCCACGCUCCAGUAGGAAUCAGCAGGCCCGCAGCCCCACAGCAGUAGGCCAAGGACAGAUGGACUGGCCCAGUAUGCUCUCCCCCUCCACUACUACUGACCUCCCCUAUGCCAGCAUCUCCCAUGAGUGCCUGGACUCUGGUUUUGGCUCCUAUGAGAGCCAGAGCCAGUACUCGGAUGUGUCCCAAGGCCACAGCAAGGCCUUCAGGCUCAGGCAGCAGCAGGGCUUCCCCUCUGGUUCCAGACAUCCAGGCAUACAUCCAGAGAGGCUGGCCCAGGACAGCCCCCAGCCCUGCAGGUGUUUCCAUUUGUCUCCCUCCUCAGGUCCCCAGCAGCAGCACCACAGCAACCCACACCUCGAGUCCCACUCCCAAUCCCAGCUGAGAUAUGACACCUACUCGCCUCCUCUGUUCCCACCCAACAUGCACCACUACAGUCUCCCCUGCAACUUCCAGCAAGACGGGGUGGGGGCACACCAUUUCCACCCCCAUCAGCACCCCCAGAAGUACUGGUCAGACCCCUUCCAUGGCGGGGUCCCCCAGGCUAGGGCAUCCUGUAGCCUCCCCCCCCCGGCCCCCACCCUACCCCGCAUGGAGCCCCCCCACUCAUGCUCCUCUUACAGGAAUCAGCAGGAACACGACUCCUGGGCCCAGCCACCUCCACCUUCUGCCUUUGACACAGAGAGACAGGAGCUCCGUAAGAAACUGCAGGCCAUUUUCAACCCCCACCAGGUGGAUACGGUCAUGGAGAUGUUUCCUCACCUGAUGGACGCCCAGAAGCUGGCUGCAGAGAUCCUCAACCUCAAAUCUCAGAGAGUGUGGAAUGCAAUGGUAUACCUUUUUCCGUGUAUAAAGCUACGCCCAAAGAGCCACAACCACUAUCCAGUAUCCUUUUAACCAAGAGUAUAUGUGGAAGAAGCUGCCAAAGAACUGAAUGAAUGUUUUAGAAGCACUUUUUCAUUGAUCCAAAUGUUCUAAUUCCCUCAUAGACCAGAAUGUGACUUUUUCAGCAAGAUUGAUGUAUAAAAAUAUGUGUACUGUAAUAUGGCUUGUGAGGGUCUCUUGUAUCACCAAAGACUGGGUAAACCCAAUAGAUAUUUUAAAGUAACUGUCCAGUGUUUCCCGAUUUCCAUGAAAUAUGACCAAUAAUUAAUUACAAUACAGUAUGAGUGAAAUGGUUUUCCUUCCAAAAUGUUUUAAGUAGGUUCAAAAGCAGCUUUUCUGUGUUGGAAUGGUGUGGGCGUACCCCAACAGAAUGGUGUGAGCGUAUAUCGUUUUUAUAUUUUUUAAUAUUCAUGCGAAUAGACUGCUGAUUGGCUAUCUCAAGCUCCUCAGGAGGAUGACAACAUCCUCUGAGGAAAUAUUUUAUAAAAUGCUUGCUGUUUGUUUGAGUUUAAGGGUAUUUUUUAAUGGUUUCUCCAAUUUAUGCUUUGACCACAUACGAGUAUAAUAUGAGUCAUCAACAUUAUUUGGGUAUGAGUUAACAGAAUAUUCACUUUUUUUUAAAGUGAGAUUUCCACUGGACAAUUACUUUAACAAUGUUUCUAUAUUAGUUGUUGGCUAUCCACUUUAUAUAUAUUUAAGUGCCUAAACAUGUCAAAUGUAUAAUUCAAUUAUCAUGGACAUUUGGAGUAGAGUUCUUGGUCUAAACAAAUUGUUUAACGUUUUAUUUUUUAUUUUAAACUGUUUAUUUUACAGCACGGUAAGUACUAGCUAGGUAUUUAAAGUCAGAAUGUUGUUAUUAUUAUGAAGCUGGUGGUACCAAGAGAUAGCAUAUCUGUCAUGUUUUGUCUUAUAUUGUCUUGUCUUUUUGCUUUCCCUUCUGUUCGUUUCCCCCUGCUGGUCUUAUUAGGUUCGUUCCCUUUUUCUAUCCCUCUCUCUCUCCCUCCCUCUCUCUCCU